UUGAUACAACAAAUAUCAAUGAAUCAAAUGAAAUUGCAAACCAAGAGACAGAAUCAACUAACUUAUUGUAACGAAAGUAUUCGACCCAAAUCCAAAACGGUCGUUGUUUAACAUUAAGGUAUAAACUAUGGCUAAUCAAUACUCUCAAGGCUGCAAUGCUCAAUAUGUAUCAGAAAAGAAUAGAUACAUCAAAAUCUAUAAAUUUUAGUUGCAAAUAAUUAGUACAUAUUCCUUUGGUGGGUAUCACCUAAUAUGCUUUGUGGGUAUCAAUAAUGGUGCCUUCUUCACAUUUGGGAUUAGUUCCCCUCCAAUGCUUAUAAUUUACCACCACCUCAAAGCAUACAAUUCCCCACUUUUUGCUUCAUUUUCAAGCCAAACACAAUCCCAAUAACACUCUAAACCACUCUUUUUUAAGCCUAAAAGCCCAUCUUCUUAUCUUCUCUACCAUCCUCAGAGCUUGAAGGAAGAUCUAAAUUUUUUGGUCUGACAGAAAAAAAGCAUGUAAAGGAGUCAAAGAAAGUUACCUUGAAGCUUUUCAUUGAGUAUAUAUAUGAUCCUCGUUGCUCUACUUUAGCAGGAGCCAGAAUUGAAGAUGAAGUAUAAUGAGAUCUCUCACUUCAGCCACCCACAACACAAGCUCAAGUUUGAGUACUCGGAGUCUCCAUUCAAGUGUGAUGGCUGCAAGGAGGUUGGUAUAGGCUCUAGCUACAAAUGCACGGUCUGUGACUUCGACCUCCACGUGCAUUGUGCUAUCCCUUCCCCCUCUAUCUCGCACCCUUUCUACACCAGGUGCUCCUUCCAGUUCAUGUCUCACCCGCCCGGCAACAUUUCCCGAUACUGCAAUGCCUGUGAGAAGGAUGUCACUGGCUUCAUUUACCACUGCAAAACUUGUGGUUUUGAUCUUCACCCGUGCUGUGCCAAGCUCCCGAUGGCACUCAGUGACGGUGAAAUCAAGCUCUACCUUUACAAGAAAGUGAGUUCAUCGUGUCAUAGGUGCGGACGGAAGGGAAGAAGCUGGUGUUACAGAUCUUCUUGUAAGAAGUACAAUCUACAUGUAGCUUGUGUGAAAGAAAUGCUUGAGGAGAGCUGGCAUGAAUUGUACUUUGGACGUGGGAAAUCUACCAAAUUGCAGACAAGAAUUCCUAGUCUUAAGAAUACUCUUCAGACUCAUCAUAACAAGGGCAAGGGCAAGAUGAAGAGUUGUUGUGAGAUGGCUGGUAUGGCUGUCCAAACUGUUAUAUCCGCGGUGCUGGGAGAUCCAACAGCUCUGAUUGCAGGGGUCAUCGGGGCCCUAAUAUCGGCAGCAUGAUGAUCAGUGAUAUCAAGUCAGUUAGGAUAGUAUUAGGAUCAGGCUUGUUUAGUAUGGACUUGUUUGAAUGAUAUCAGACCAUCAUGAAUCUCAUGAUAUCAUUUAGGUGUAGCUAAAACUCCAAAAGCCUAACAUGUUAACUAUUUCUCAGGCCAAAAGAAAAAAAAUAGUAAUUUUUCUUUCAAGAACUGAAUUUCCAAUGAAUUCACAUAAUAUAAUCUAAAAAGGAAGUGUACCAAAAAAAGAAGAUGAAGAAGAGAGAGAAAAGAAAAGAAAAGAAACGCCACAAGCCUGCAGAUUCUCCAUCUUUAGUCCUGAACCUCUCAUCUUUAGGCUAAGAAUAAAUAAUAAUAUGGAAGAGGGGUUCAUCCAAUCUUCUAGUUCAACCU